AUGAGGGUUGUUUCAAAUAACAAUUUAGUUACUUGGGUCAGUGUUCUUCUUCUUCUUUUCGUGACUGCUUUGGUGGGGGUGGCUGAUGUUGGCGUUGAUAAGGAGGACAAGCAUCUCAUUCAUCCACCGCAUUUGUUAGGGCGUGGCAUUUUCAAGAAAGGCCUUCGACAUGGAGGGUUCGGAGGUGGCGCUGGUUUUGGUGGGGGAGGUGGUAUCGGUGGCGGCGGCGGCCUUGGUGGAGGUGCUGGAGGUGGCUUAGGUGGUGGAGCAGGAGGAGGACUAGGCGGCGGAGGAGGCUUAGGUGGAGGGGGUGGCUUCGGGGGUGGUGCGGGUGGUGGCCUGGGCGGUGGGGCAGGUGGUGGUGGAGGUUUUGGAGGGGGUGCAGGCGGAGGGAUAGCUCAUGGUGGUGGUCUAGGUGGUGGUGCUGGCGGAGGUCUAGGUGGGGGUGCAGGUGGUGGUUUGGGUGGAGGGGCAGGUGGUGGCGGAGGCUUGGGUGGCGGAGCUGGUGGAGGGCUAGGUCACGGUGGUGGCUUAGGUGGCGGUGCCGGUGGAGGCCUUGGUCAUGGUGGCGGCUUAGGAGGGGGUGCAGGUGGAGGACUAGGACAUGGUGGCGGCUUAGGUGGAGGUGCAGGUGGAGGGUUAGGUCACGGCGGUGGCUUAGGUGGAGGCGCAGGCGGAGGUUUAGGUCACGGUGGUGGUUUAGGCGGCGGUGCAGGCGGAGGGAUAGGACAUGGCAUUGGAGCAGGAGUAGGUGGAGGUGCAGGUGGCGGGCUAGGGGGCGGAGGUGGUGCAGGGGGCGGUCUCGGAGGACUUGGUGGUGGAGGAGGCGCAGGGGGAGGGUUUGGUGGGGGCGUUGGCGGAGGAGGAGGUGUAGGAGGAGGCGCCGGGUUUGGCGGUGGCGCAGGUGGAGGAGCUGGAGGUGGGUUUGGAGGAGGGGGAGGAUUUGGAGGAGGGUUCGGGGGAGGUGGCGGCGUUGGGGUCGGAGUCGGGGCUGGCGGCGGCCACUGA